AUGUUUAUUACCCGGAAAACUAUCCCGUAUCAUCUGAAACCGCUAGACAAUAUCGCUGUUCGUUUUGCUACCACACAUUUUGGUUUCCAAGAAGUCGAUGAAAAGGAGAAAAGUAGGAAGGUACAUGCCGUAUUCACGAGCGUUGCUGACAAGUAUGAUUUGAUGAAUGAUGCGAUGUCGAUGGGCAUUCAUCGGCUAUGGAAGGAUCACUUUGUUAGAAACCUAGGACUUACGGCAAAUACCUCGAUGGUUGACGUUGCAGGAGGCACAGGUGAUAUUGCUUUUCGUGCCGUACGGGAGAUACAAUCCAAAAAAGGUACAGGUUCAGUAACUGUCUGUGACAUCAAUGAAAAUAUGCUUAAAGUUGGUCAGCAACGCGCAAUAGAUGAUCUAUCAGUUUUGAAAGCUCGAUUAAAAUGGGUGUGUGGGGAUGCUGAAGCAUUGCCAUUUGAUGAAAAUUCAUUCGAUCUCUAUACAAUAGCUUUUGGGAUAAGGAACUGUACGAACAUUGAUAAGGUACUGAAAGAAGCAUAUCGUGUUCUUCGGCCAGGAGGCAAAUUUGCUUGUCUGGAAUUUAGCCGUAUCAAUCCGUUAUUGAAACCGUUCUACGAUUUUUACAGUUUUCAAAUUAUUCCUGUUAUGGGGCAAGUUAUUGCUGGUGAUUUUCAUAGUUAUUGUUAUUUGGUGGAAAGCAUACGGAAAUUUCCGCAUCAGGAUAAAUACAAACAGAUGAUUGAGGAGGCUGGUUUCAAGGAUGUGAAGUACAGCAAUCUUUCAUGCGGGAUUUGUGCCAUCCAUAUCGGCAUGAAGAGUGAUGGCAAUAAGUAG